AGUAGAAGAUGUGCAAGGAGUUGGAGAAAAAGAACAAGUCAAGCCUAGAGUUACUUUCUUGUACACGACCUCCCCUCCCCCUUGCGGUACAUUAGGGAGAGGCAGGGCACACACACAGGGUUUCCUCAUUUAGGUACUUCUCUCGGGGGACGAUCAUGAAAAAAGUCAUCAUGACAAAAAGGGGGGAUGGGAACGAUUUUUGGCGGGAUAGAAGGCGCCGUUCUUUUUGGUGGACGUUAAGCAGGCUGUUGAAGACGCGUAUGGAGACGCAAGUAACUUCGCUAUGA